UUCGUCAGGAAAAUGGACUAAAAACGGUAACUGAAGUAAACGACGAAUUAAAUAAAAUAGCCCAAGAAUUAGGAUUGGAUAAUUUUAACGAUUUAACAGUUGAUAACUUAUCUAACCUUAAAAAGGCCGAAGCAGAAAGAAAUCAUGCUCGCAACAGUUUACGAACAAAUAACUUAAAUACUCUUCCGCAAAUACCAGCAAAUGAAACUCUUCAAACAUUACUGGACCGACCAACUCAACAAGAAUUAGACCAGGUAAAAAAAGACAAAAAUGAACUAGGAGAAAAAAAUAAAAUUCUGUCUGAUGAAAACAAUAAUUUACAAAACCAAAUCAUCAACAAAAACUCCACUAUUUCAGCAAAAGAUGAAGUUAUUGCAGAUUUAGACGCUGAUAAGCAAAAAUUAGAAACUGAUAAGUCCCAGUUAGAAAAUAAAUUAAAAGACUUUAUUAAUCCUAAUGAUAAAAACAAAUUAGAGAAGGUUGCCAAAGAUGCUGGUUUUGGUUUCACUCAAAAAGAUAUUGAUGAAGCAGUUCAAAAAGAAAAAGAAAAUUGA